AUGAUUGCCGGGCCAGCAGGGGACGACAGGUACCGCAUGGUGGAGGACGAGCUGCUCGCCACGGCGGGCCUGUUCACCGCGCACCUCCACCGCGCCGAGUACACGCGCCUCAAGAGGCUUGCGGCGGCGCAGAACGCGGCGGCGAUCCGGGAGAUGGAGCGGCCGGUGGUGCCUGGGCCGGCGACGGCGACGGCCACGAGGCGAAGGGGGCGUGCUGCGCGGACGGCGGCGCGGCGAGGGCUGGUGCGCGGCGAGGGGACCCGGGGGGGAAGCAGCCUGCAGGGAUUGAUGGAGACGCCGCGCGGGGAGGGUGCGCGCUUGACGGGCGUCGGUUUGGGCGCGGCGUCGCGGCUGCGAGAGGCUGUCGUUUCUGCUCGUCUGCCGGAGGAGGUUGGGGGCAGCAGGGGGGAUGGCGAGGCGCCGUCUUUUGCUGGGGCGGUGGAUGAUGACGAUGGCGAUGAUGAUCCUUUUGGCGUCAGGCAGAGGCGGGUGAGGCGGGAGAAGUCGAGGGAGCAGAUGGUCAGGAGGACGGGUGAGCGGGAGACGCGGUCGCCCAAGAGGCCGGAGCGGGAUACGAUACCUGGCUUCUUUUGA